GCACCCACUGCAAGCACGGGCGAUUGUGCGUAUGCGUAUGCAAAAAGUAGUCUGCAAAACAACAUCUAAAAACAUGACUGAUAACUCGGUAAUAGAUCGACGAAUAGAGCUCAAAAAGUAAAAAAAAAAAAAAUGUAAUAUAAUCAUGUACCGUAGAAGCCAAUUCUUUGCAGUAUAAGUAACGUAAUUUUCGUGUCAAGAGAACCGUACUCGGUUAAACGAUCUGUUUGUGGCGAUCAGCGGAGAAUGAAAAGCGUGCUUAUGUUCAUCAUGUAUGCAAAACACGCGCAACACAAGCCUGUUAGUUUCACCAGAGGGGCGCUUAGUGCUGGUUGUUUGUGAACUGACAUCGAUAUUCUUUUUCACAAUCCUAUUUGCAGAUCUGAUAUGAAACGUAUGCACCUUAUAGCCGUCCCUACUAUUGAUUGUUGUAGGUCCAUUGCCAGAAAACGCGUAAACCUCGAUACUGAUCCACCAAAUCACCAUACACUGAAGCACUGGAGUAAAUGAACAAACUAAUAGAACAUAGAAACAAACUCGCCCAGAGUAUGCGUGUGUAAUGGAAGCCAUUAAAACAGAAGAAAUGGUAAAAUUCCAGCAUUUGCUUGCCACAUGAACCGCUAUGUGAAUAUGCGACGACUUUGUGUGAUCUCCUUAAUCCCUCCCGAUUCAGUUCGUAUUUCGUACGAUCUUCCUUUCGGCUCUGGGUAUACUUACGAUAGUUAUCGGUUUAAGCGGUCAUUUGCCAGUACCAGGCAAUGUUAUUGCUAAGACGAACGUUACCUGAGAAAUCGUGUUCCGAGGGGUUCAAUAUCAAGUUGAGAAUUUUGGAAACGAAUUGCAUAACACCGCUACCUAGACAGACACUGUUCUCCAUGGCGCUUUGCAACCGUGUUUAUGCUCUGAUUUGUCAGACACCACGCACCAAAUUCCUAUUCUUUCAGUAUCCAUCCGAAUCCGCUCAUCGAUAUACACGAUGAACAUGUUUCUCAUUUCCAUGCGAGAUCGAAUAGUAAAUCUCACUCUGAGCAGAAGCAUUUCUCUCCUAAGACGUUUGAGAUGCUGCUUCCGUUUGUUUUUUGUAGCUCGAGAAAAUCUCUUUUGUGUGUACCCAGAUAAGAUUCUAGAUGUGUAAAUGUACGUACAUUGUAGAUUAUGUGUCUUGUUUUGCCAAUAUUUCUCCUGGCCUUAUCAAACUACACAAUCGCACCACAAGUAACGCAACACGUUCGUAGUGUGUAAUGGUAUAACGUUAGGCAAGCGGCAAACAUUGCUGGGAUCAAUCUGCAAUCCAAAUCCCACUAUACUCGAUGUGCAACUAUUGUGUAAUACGGAAAUUAAAAUAUAGACUCAAUCAAAGUUUAGUUGUGUAAGCCAGCAAUGUGAAGGAAUAGAUGUAAGGAGGUGGUGUGGGUGGGACGAGUGAGCGGUAUGGAAAAUCAGGAAUGAAAUUUAUAUACAUAUACAUACAUCUAUAGAUAUAAAUCUAUACAUAUACUUAUAUAUAUAUAUACAAGAUUAUACAACAGGCUCGUUUUUACGUUAAAUUUUGUUCCAUUUUUCUCGAGACAAGCGCGUUGGAUGAUCCGCAAUCAUGUAACGAAUGUUAGUACGCUAAGGCACAAGAAGACCUGAGAAUGUCCCGCGCCACGUCACGGGACGUGCACGGUGAUGGGUGAUGAGAGUAGCGAGUAGCUAGAGUAGUGUCAAAUGGGGUUGGGAUUAGCAGUAUGAUAAUGAUGAUGGAUGGCAGAAAAGCUGAUAGAGUGCCCAAGAAACCAAACGUGUAGAUAAGCGUAUUUAAAUGCGUAAGUUUUAUCUUCCAUCUUGAGGAUCACUUAAAAGUGUUUGCGAUCGUGAACCAUCUCUAAAUAAACAAAAAUAAUGGGAUGGAAAUCGUUUUGAUCACCGAACUGGUUAGCGCACACCACAGUUAAACAUAUAGAUGAGCACAAACAUAGAUGAGGGAAGAUGUUAGCUGGAUUAGCUGGGAGGUAAUGGAAAAGCACAAGGGGGACGGGACGGGCGGUUGGAUGGAUAUUGCAAUAUUAUAUACGAUUCACUCGACCGAACCGAAGGGGUGAUUCGAAUGUCGUUAUUACAUUGAGCAAUUGUUCUUUUCUUUAUUGCAUAAACUGCAUUUCUCGUUCACUUAUUCAAGAGAAACACGUUUUUACCGAAAAUAACGCACGAUCAUCGAUAAGCGCGAUAGCAAGAGGAGGUCAUAGUCGAAUUCAGGAUCAUUCGUCAAGCAAGCAAUCCAUAAGAUGACAGCAAAAAGAACAAGAUUAGUAAUAGGUUUAACAACACGCAUACAAGACAAAACGGAGAAAGAGAAGAACUGCGACACAACACAGUGUUUAUGGUCUAACAUAAAGAAGAAAUGAAAUUGUUAUCA